AUGAAAUGUAUCCCAGGAUGGAAUUUGUUUAAUUUUAAAUGUGUUCAAUGUCAUGUUGUUGACAAUUGUUUGUUUGAUUAAGAUCAUGAUUCCACUUAGAAUGAGGUGAUUUGUGGAGAUGGUAUAACAUAAGAUCUAGAAGAAUGUGAUGAUGGAAAUUCAAUUCCGUUUGAUGGGUGCUUUGAAUGUUUAUACCAAUUUGAAUACAAUUUUGUUGAAUGUAGAGAUGGAGUAUGUAUAUUAUUAUCAGAAUUGAAAGAGUCAAUGAUAUUUAAUUGUGAUUUUGGAUUUCAUUUGAUUGAUCAAAAUUGUUAAUCUAUUUGUGGAUGA